CUGCCAGUACUUGGCUUCUUGUCCCGCCUCACGCGCUCACACCGCCUCUGAGUCCCAAGAGUCAUCGCCCCCGCCAGCCAAGUUGCACUAACCUAUGUCGAUGCCGACGCUGCCCGUCAUUGACCUCGACGUGUAUCUCAGCGAGCCGCUGCAUUCAACACAGGCUGUGGUGGAAGAAUGCAGAAAGGCUGCAGACGCGUUGAUUACGCAUGGGGCUCUACUACUCCACGAUUCACGUGUGUCCGAAGACGAUAACAGCACAUUCCUCGAUCUACUCGAGGAUUACUUCGCGCAACCUGAGGCCGCUCUCAAGCACGAUGAACGUCCGGAGCUCGGUUAUCAGGUCGGUGUCACACUGGAGAACACGGAGAAGCCUAAGUGUGCGGUCGACGAACCGUGUUUGAAUGUCAUCGCCCGCCUCGAUCCAGCGGAGCGGCCGCUGGACAUCACAGCCCACAGCCCAGAUCCCAAAUGCAGGUUCUUCUGGAAGAUGAGCGAGAAGCCGCCUUAUGAGACGGCUUACCCCGGAUUGAAUGCCCCCAAUGUCGUCCCUGAGGCAGACAGCAUCCGCGACAGGUGGACCCCAAUCAUGGAGACGUGGGGUAAAUCGAUGAAAAAUGCUGUGGAGGACCUAGGUGAAAUGAUUUGCAUCGGACUAGGACUGCCUCGAGAAUUCUUUAGAGACGCUGGACGCUAUGGCCCUCAUCUCCUCGCCCCCACAGCAUCGGAUCUCGUGAAAUAUGGUCAGAAGGAUACCAUCCUCGCUGGAUUCCACACGGAUCUCAACUUCCUGACCAUUCACGGCCGCUCACGCUACCCCGGUCUCAACAUAUGGGCUCGGAAUACUGGGAAGCGUAUCCCAGUCAAGUUUCCACCAACUGGUCGGUAUUUGCUCGUACAGGCAGGCAAGCAGCUGGAGCACUUCAGCGGAGGCCUGAUCAAGGCAGGCUAUCACGAGGUGGUGGUUAAUGAAGCCACGCUGGAGGUCGUGGAGCGACGCAAGGCACAAUUUCCGAAUCGUCCACUGGUCCGCAUCUCAUCCACGUUUUUCUGGCAUCUGUCUUCGGACUACGACCUUGCUCCGGUUCCAGCCUUGUCGACUCGUGCAAAGGCACUCAGAGCAGAUACGAUCAACCUCGGUAAGGUCGAUCUCGAUGAAGACACUGACUACGAGCCGAUGAAGGUAGGACAACAAGUCCAGAAGUAUGUACCUCCUCAUGUCAUCCGAUUUCGCCAUGCUAACGGUGCAUUCUAGCGAAUUGAGACACAUCGCGCUGCUUGCAUGAGUGCUCGCAACAUAUCUACUUUGCUGUACAUCUUGACCACUAUGAAUACUGGGAUUUAUGUUGUGUACUUUAUGCGAUGCAGGGUUGAACCAUAUGUACUCUAGCGCUACAGGAUG